AUAACGAUAAGCAUUUCAAAUUUCAACAAAAUUGUUUCAUUUACUGGAAAUCGUAUAAAAACCAUGUUCGUGACGCUUUAAAAUUACUUUCUACAAUGAAUUUGUUGUGGUUGUUGGUCUGCGGCUUUUUGGCUGUGUCUGCUUUUCCUACAGCGGAAAAUAACAAUCGACAAAAUGGCGAGAACGGUUGGUAUGUUCCGCAGUUAGACGGUAGCUUUGUAUGGAUGGAAAGACAAACAGCUGAAGUUGCCUUAAACGACUUGCAAAAACAGACAAAAUUUUUGUUUAACAACGUGGACUUUUAUCUUUAUACACGAGCUAAUAAACGAAAGCCUCAAGUAAUUUCGAUGGCCGACAAAUCAAUAGAUGCGUCCAACUUCGACGCAGCCAAACCGACUCGUAUCGUUAUUCACGGUUGGAUACAGAACUAUUUGUUUCCCAUGAAUAUAAAUAUACGCGAUGCGUGGUUGGGUGUGGGCGAAUACAAUAUUAUUGUUGUCAAUUGGGACCGAGCGCAAGAUCCCAACUACAUAGCCGCGGUGGCAGCCGUGCCGUCUGUGGGCGAGCGCAUAUCUAAAUUCAUUGAUUAUCUCGUUAUUGAGAAAGGUGUCUCGUUGGAUACAUUGCACGUCAUUGGCCACAGUUUGGGAGCACAUGUUGCCGGCUAUGUUGGCAAACAUAUAAAAUCUGGCCAAAUAUUCACAAUUAUUGGCUUGGAUCCUGCCCAGCCAUUUUUCAGCGCCGACUCUCCGGAGACACGGCUAAAUGAAACCGAUGCUUAUUAUGUGGAAGCUAUACAUACUAACGCGGGCGUCUUGGGUUUCCUGAAACCGAUUGGCAAAAGCGAUUUCUAUCCGAACGGUGGUUCCUCGCAACCCGGAUGUUUUCUUUUAGAUUUCCUUGGGGGAGUGUGUUCGCAUAAUCGUGUUUCCGACUACUACGCUGAAGCCGUAAAAAUGGAUAAUUUUCUAGCGAUAAGAUGUGAGAGUUAUGAGGCAGCAGUUGGCGGUAAAUGCGGCUCGACGUACAGUUCGGUGCGCAUGGCUGCCAAAACAAAUGCUUAUGUAGUGAAAGGUGAAUACUAUGUACCGAUAAAACAAAGGCCUCCCUAUGGAAUGUUAACGAAAUCCCAAAUACUAUGAAGGCUUCCAUAUAUACCGUAAGACUAAUAUUUUCCAAAAAUGCUACAUAUCUAUAAUUCUGUUAAGUUGUGUAACAACCAGCGAAAUUCCCAAAGAGGCAAAGCUGCCAAAGACCUUAGAAUAUGCUUUACAUUUUGUUUAGCUGCCUUACAGCUGCUUUUGCUUAAUAACUUGCCGAUCCAAAGGUUCGAAAUAUACUUUUAUUUAUGUCUAUACACAUGUGUUUAUAUGUGUGUAUUUAAUAUUGUAAGUAUCUUUGUCACGUUGUCUUAUAGCAUUGCUAAGCUUAUAUAAAUUGCUUUUGUAAACUUAUUUUUAAUAAAAGUUUUUCAUAACAAUUUUCCUAUCAAACGAAAAAACCACACCUUCCGCCUU